AUGCUGCCCCCAGCUGCGGGAGACCAGCCGGUUCCCACCUCGAUGGCCGGGGAUGGUCAAACGAAGCCCUGCAGCUCCUGGAGGGAGGAGUACCUGAUAGCCAAGAGCUCGGGACACGGCCGGCAGGUGUGCAUGGUGUGCGGGGGAGUCUUGAGUGCCUCCGGUCCGGUGGCGGCGCGGGAACACAUCCUGCAGCAUCACGCCCACUCGUUGGACUACAGCCUGGAGGAGAAGCAGAACAUCCUGGAGGCCUGGAACGAAGGAGUGACGCUUGCAGAUGGAGAAAUGCAGCCUUCCCCUGAAGCACCAGACGACCCCGGGAAGCGCGAGGAGCCGGUGGAGAUUGAAGUGCUGCUCGAUUCUGAAGAGCGGCUGGCAAGUCGGAAGCUCGGGCAGCCGAAAGCGCGGUGUGAGAUGGCACGCUCAGAGCCCGGGCAGGAGUCACAAGGUCAGCGAAGGCCACGCAACGCAGAGAAUGCCAAAGACAUCCGGAACGACCAGCCCGCCAAGGUCACAGUUCUCUAUUAG